AUGAAGGUCGUCGCUCUAAUAAGUGGCGGAAAGGACAGUUGCUAUAACAUGCUACAAUGUGUGGCCGCAGGACAUGAAGUUGUGGCCCUUGCGAAUCUUUAUCCAGAAAACAAAGAGGAGCUGGACAGCUACAUGUACCAGUGUGUGGGCCACCAGGGGGUGGAGCUGUUUGCAGAGGCGGUCGGCCUGCCUCUCUUCCGAAGAGCUAUCAGCGGUGUCGCCAUCAACUGCGGGCCACAGUACACACCCACACCCAGUGACGAAGUGGAAGAUCUUCAUGAACUUCUGGCUUUAGUCAAGGAGGAAAUGAAUGUAGAAGCGGUGGCUGUUGGGGCUAUACUCUCGGACUACCAACGGAUACGUGUGGAGAAUGUGUGCUUGCGCCUGGGUCUGGUGCCCCUGGCUUACCUGUGGCGGCGCGACCAGGAAGAGUUGCUGCAGGAGAUGAUCGACUGCGCCGUGGAGGCCGUGGUGAUCAAGGUGGCUGCACUAGGACUGCACCCCUCCGUGCACCUCGGUCUCACGCUCACCGACCUCCAGCCCAACUUCCUCAGAAUGAAGGAGAAGUACGGGCUGAAUGUUUGUGGUGAAGGUGGAGAGUAUGAGAGCUUUACAUUGGACUGUCCCCUGUUCACCAAGACCAUUGUCAUAGAUGAAGCAGAAACCAUCAUCCACUCAGAUGAUGCUAUAGCACCUGUGGGCUACCUUGUUUUCAAGAAGUUGCAUCUCGUUGAAAAGGAGAAUGCGCACUUCACAAUGGCAGAACGUAUUGCCGGAUUGCCUGUUAAGACGUGGCAAGAUCUGACAGCAGACAUUGACGAAGAAGCCGAGGACAGUCCACCGACUCCGCCUAAAGGCCGCGAUGCAGACACCGGCUAUGGGCCAGAUGAUGACUACAACGGUGACUGUGAGUUCACAGAGGCACAGGAAAAAAUUCCACUUGACGACAGUGAUGCAGAUAGCAGCUACAGUGAGGGGAUUGACGAAUCUACGCAGACGUACCUGCCACUGUCUGCAACUGAUGAGGCAGGGUGGACUUGGGUGGCAGGCGUGGAAGGCCACGGGAAGAACACUUCUGCAGCCAUGAGGGAUGCCCUUGAUCAGCUCCAGAGUCUGGUGCCACUCAGUGACGUUGUGUCGGUGACCCUGUACCUGCGCGACAUGUCGCAGUACCCGGCCGCCAACGGAGAGUACGCCAUCGCGUUCCCCGGGCCGGACCCACCGGCGCGGGUGUGCGUACAGUGCCCCCUGCCGGAGGGGGUGCCGGUGUCGCUGGAGGCGACGGCGCACCGCGCGGGGGGCCCGGGCGAGGACGGCUGCGUGGACCCCGGCGCGGGGGACGGCAAGUGCUGGCUGGGGCGGCGGCAGCUGCACGUGCAGGGCGUCUCGCACUGGGCGCCUGCCAACAUCGGGCCCUACAGCCAGGCCGUGCGGGUUGGUGAUAUUAUGUACAUGGCAGGCCAGAUCGGCCUGGUGCCAGGCACGAUGCAGCUCAUCGAGGGCGGCAUCAAGCGGCAGUGCCGGCUGGCACUCCGCCACAUCGAGAGGGUAGCCCGCGCCGUUGACUCCACGACGCAACUGCGCGAUGUCGUCCAGGCCAUAUGUUACGUAACACGUGGUACUCACAUAUGGGAGGCACGGCUCGAGUGGGAACGUCACACUACCAAUGCCAUUGCUGACUACGUCGUGGUGCCCCGGUUACCGAGGGGUGCACUGGUUGAGUGGUCGGUUUGGUUGCACCGCCACAACAACAGAUUUGAAUACGAGGAAACAGGGUGUCUGAUUGGUCCAUUCCAAGUGUCUAUAUGCCGCCGAUGGAAUUACGAGAACAAAGUGUCAGCUAUUGUCUCUCGUAUAUCGAUUGGUGCGUCAUACCUUUCCGGAAGCAGAGAAACGGAAGACUGCUCUGACAGCCUACCCCCUUCGCCCCGCCCCAUGACUCGGGACGAGCUGGACGAGGCGAUGUCUUACACGCUGUCUCGCCUACUGAGGGAUUCACCCGCGGCGGCACCUGUCUGCCACCUCCGCCUGGCAUACUGUCCUUCCUCGGAGCAUGCGCCGCAACCCCCGGAGCUUCGUGCGGCGGCGGCACGGGCGGCGGAGGCGAACGGCACCACGGUGGUUGCCAGCGUGCUUCCUGUGAGGGGGCUCAUGACCAAGUGGACCUUCCUCUCCGUGUGUGGUGUCAGACACCACUGAGGACUACUACUGUUCCAGCAGAGUACUGUAUACCACAUUUAUUACUGCAGGUGGGCAUUGGAUCUGAUUACAGUUGAUGUGGUGGACUGGGAACCAAACUGGCUAUUAUCUCUCUCAGUAAUCAGCUACAUCAACACAUCUCAUGGUUUUUGUGUCUCACUUUUCUGGUAUGUGGGAUAUGAGUUUCUUUUGCUGUUACACCUUUUUUUUGUUUUUGCAUGUUGGAGCUAGUUCAGGGGGAUACAAGUUCAUCCCCUCUCAGUCUCACCUCCCUCAAGAUAGAGGAGUGUGGCUAGAGGAAGAAUUAAGUUCCAGCCCCCUCAUGCAAUGCUGCCAACAAAAAUAGGACCUACAUUUUAUGUUUUGUAGUGAACAGUUAUUGGGUUAAAACUGAAGUUCAUAGUUAGUAAAUAAUUGAUGACAUACUGUUUACCUGAUGUUAAAACUUUUACUCCUUGUAGUUGUGGGUAGUUCCCGAGAUGGACCCUGAUGGACCAAGCUUAAUUAUUCUUCCUGCACAAAAUAUUUUUAACAUACCACAACAAAUUAAAACAGUGUUUGACAAUGGUAUUUGGUAGUUAUUACAUCGCAGUAUCUAUUUUUUAAUUCUUUAAAUUAGCAGACACACUGUGUGGCUUAAGUAUUCUUCUUCCUGCCAUACAUAAAGUGAGAAUUGUAGGGGAAUAAAGUGAGAAACAUGUGCAUAGGUGGUAUAUGUAUCAAAACAAAGUCUUUUGCAGCAACAUCCAUAUCUACAGGGGCUGUUCAAAAAUUAACCUCCUAUUGGCUGCUUUAAAAAGGUAAAUAUUUGUUAUCAGUUAGUACUUAUAUGUUGACGUUACUUCUCCACGUAGUCGUCACCCAAAUUCAAACAUUUGUCCUACUCUGACCCAGCUUCUUUAUUCUUUCAUCAAAGAAUGCUGCUGCUUGAUGGUUUGGCCAAUUCUCGGCAGCUUCCUUGAGAUCAUCUUUUUUCAUGCGGUGCUAAGCAGCCAGCCAGGCCUUCAUCUUCGGGAUGAAGGAACACCGAGCCCAACCCAAUCUUUUGGCUGUAUGAUUAUCAAUUAGACAUUUUGGUGCCCACGGUGGACAAAACUUACGGCCUCUCAGUGAAACUGUUAAAGACGGCUGUCCUUGUAACCUGAGCCAUAUAUUCAGAAAAUUUGAAGAUAUCUCUUGCACACAAUUUCAUCAGUAUGUUGCUAGACAUUGUCACAUACGAAUGUCUUCUUUGGCCACUUUCAUCGUGCAAAUCUGUACGACCAGCUUUGAAUUUUCUGCACUACCCCCUCACAACGCCGUCAACUAUAACUCCAACCCCAUACACACAACACAAUCAAUGGUAAACAAUGGCUAUUUCAGAUGGUUGCUGCUUACACACUGAAGAUUGCAGCAGAGAGCUAACUGAUGCAAUGUGACCUUCAGAGUCUCCUUUUCCACAGGUGCCAUGAAGCUACAGUCAAUUGUUUAUUUUUAAUUGACAGUCUGAGGUUAACUUAUGAAUAGCCCUCAUAAAAUAUUCUUGCAACAUAAAAUUUUGGUAAAAGUUGCAGUUUUUUGUUGACCCGUGUACAUCAGUCAGUGACGAGCAGACUGUCGAUGACAGUAAUGAGACCAUAGUAGCUAUCUUCCUUCAGUUACCUGUGAAAGCAUUUGAAAGCUCAAGCACUUCCUCAAGCUUCAGCAAGGCAAUUAAUUUGUCUCAGCUGUGACAGACAUCUGGGUUUGCUUCCCAUUGCAUAUUCACAAAUUGCUGUCAAAGACUGAAUUUGUGCUUAUUUGAUAGCUAAUUAAGACGUGAUUGUUUUGUGGUGUACAAUGUAAGGCAGCGCCUAUCAAUACGUAAACUUUUUUUUUUCUCUUACCAUGCUAUAGCAUUUAAGAUAUUCAGUUUUGAGGCAAUGUGUUUGUAUUUACAUUGAGCAAUAUAUCCUCUGUAUGUUUUAUGACUAGCUUGUGUUCUGUUCCUGGCAUCAGUGUAUAUGACCUUUUACUUGUAAGUGUGUCCAUUGGCAGUACUUUGUAUAUCAGCCAGUGAUUAUAUACAUUGGCCAGCUAGUCCAUCUCCUUGUAAUUUUACCUUCUCAUUUUCCUUCAAAAUAUAAAUAAUGCUCCUCUCCUUUAAUUUUGACUGGUGUCCAUUCCAUGCAUCCGCACACCUUCAGCAAUAAACUAUUUGGCUAACUGCCUUCCUUCCAGAUCAAUGCACAAGUACAUUUCUAUUUAAACUAUACCAGGUCAACCGAUGUGAGAAGUUAUGUUUUGUAUUAUAGUGUACCUUCAUUUCGGACCAUUUUGGUUGACUUGAUUUUUAUUGAUUGAAUUGCUUGUUAUACUUAAAUAUCCCAACAAAAUAAAACAUUGAAACCCCUUAGCAAUGUAUUUUCUGAUUACAGUGGCAGAAUGUAGGUCUGGUUGGUGCCACAAUGUAAUCAAACACAAGUCUGAUGUCCAUUGCUUAUAACUUUGGGUCUAUGUUUAUGACCGCUCAGAGGGUUAUGUAUGUAAUGAACACCUUGGAAAAUUAAACAAAAUUAAUUGCAAGAAGCAGAAUAUAAAGUGGAACAUUGGCUUAUCACCUGUGAUUUUCAUUUUUGCUGUGUUCCUUAUUUACAGCAAUUGUUAAUGUAUCAAAUUGCUCUCUCACUGCCAUCUAAGAAGUGGCACAAAUCUGAACUAAGUUGUUGUUCAGAACUGUUGCAUAUCAUUAAAUUAUUUAUUUUAAUGUUCUAUGGUAAAGCUUUACAUGUAAACUAUUCAUAUUUAUAAUAAAGUACAGAUUUCUGCUCAAUAUUAACGGAAGAACACGUCUUUCGUGAAACAUCUGUGUUAAUAUAAAGAGGCAAAUAUAUUGGUAAUUGCUUGUUCAGAACUGUUGCAUAUCAUUAAAUUAUUUAUUUUAAUGUUCUGUGAUGAAGCUUUAAAUGUAAGCUAUUCAUAUUUGUGGUAAAGUGCAAGUUUCUGCUCAAAUUAAUGGAAGAAUUUGUCUUUUAUGAAACAUCUGUGUUAAUUACAAAGAGCCUGCUAACAGUGCUUCAAACCAAAAAGCAAGUUUUAUGCCUACAGACUGUGUUGUAUUUUUCUAGUGUCUGUAAAAGAUAUAAAUUUUAAACAAAAUAAUUCACUGCACUGAGACAAAACUUUUGAAUAAAAAAUAUAAGGAGGCAAGAUGAAAGUAGAUGGAUAUCAGUGUACUGCAGAGUGCAAAGAGUAAUGUACAUCACUCAGUUGUAUUUGGCUUUAUCUUGUGAAUAUGUUUUGUAAACCACAGAAACAAUUUUUAACACACUAAGUAGUGCUGUCAUCUGUAAAAUGAAGAAUUUCAGCAUGAAAAUGGUCUCUAGCAGACCUUCUUUUAAGCAGAAGCAGAGGUAACCAAUGAUCUGUUACAAUUAUGUGCUGCUGCAGGCGAGUUGCUUAUUAAGCUGCAUCCCAUUUGCAAUUACAAUGUCCCAAGUGAACUGAGGCCUAAGAAAAGUUAUUACUAGAUGGAAGAGUGACAGCAAGGUGCUGGCUUUUUUAGAAGCCAUUUUUCUACUUUUUAAUAGAGUGAAGAGUUAAGAUUUUGUAUAUGACUGGGACUUGAGUGGUAAUGCAGUGCAUUACCUAUCACUUCUACACACUCCACAGUAUAGUUCUGACUUGGCACAUAUUUGUGACUUGCUACUAAUAUUAAAUGAUUGCUGCUGUCAGAAAGGACACCGCUUGCUUUCUCUUUGUAGUUGAGACUUGGAACAGCAGAAUAUUUGCAGUCUCACACUUUCUGUUGUGCAUGAACAUUUGUCAUAACUACAGAUUGAAUUAUUCCUAGAUGUAAUUUAAUAAAUGAAUGGAAAAUAAAACAGAAACAGUUUCUUUCUUAGGUGCACCACAUUGGUACAUGGUGUGUUGACAUUUUUGCCAAUAAAGAGACCAAUUUCUCCUCUAGUGAAUGCAUUAACUGCUGCAGCAUCUGCUGUGGCUAUCUUCUGAACACCUGAAAAGGCAACUGUAUGUACAAAUAAAUUAUAUUGCUGUGAUUUUCAGAUGGUUAAACAUUAUUUGAUGUGAGGUAUUAAAUAUCUUUUUUAUUCACUAUCAGAUCUUUGCCAAUAUUUUCUGUAAAUUGUUAUAAAGUUACGUGCAGUGAGUGAGAGAGAGAGAGAGAACAUGACCAUGACCAGCUGUUUUAACACAAAGACAAAUUGUUGACUUGCAAGGACAUUAACUUGUAGAUUCACUGGCUGUAUUUUGCACCAAAACAGGAGAGGUGUGAGAGGAACAACAUUGGCAGGACAGUGCCAAGAUGGAGAUAAUAAUAAGUAAUUCAUUGUUACAAAUGGCUGACAACACAUAUUUAUUUUACCUCAACACAGUAUAGUAUUGAUCAACUGGUACCAUGUAACAACUAUUUCACUCGCUUAGCUUUCUUUGUUCCAUAUUUCUCCAUUUCUCUUUCAUCUUCUCCCUAUGCUGUCUUUCCCCUUCUUACUUCCAUGUUGUUACCUAUUUCUUAUUUCUUCUGCCUUGAAAGCCUUCUAAAUGUAUUAGUUUGUUCUUAUAAAUAUUUCUUUCUGUUAUUUCUGAUUCUUUGAUGGAGUUCCUUUCAAGUUCUUUUUUUUAUUUCUGUUAUUCAUACUACUGUAAAUGCAAACACCACUCACACGCUAGGCCUUAGGCCUGUUCCAACAGUUGCCUAUGAGGCAGUAUGAGGAUCAAUUUACGGUUGUGGGACACGUGAUCGUCAUGUCGCAAAUCACUCGAGCUGUUAUUGCCAGUAGGUGAAUCCCGAUAGUGCGGAUGCUUCUUUACUCGAGCAGCUCCUCAUUUGACCUCACGAGGCUGAGUAUACCCCUUUCCGGACCUCAUUUGCUCAGAAAAAUCUGAGGAGGUACCAGGUAUCGAACCAGAGUUUGCCCACACUGUAGACAGCGAUGUGAACUGUUCAGUUGCGGAGGCGGUCUUUGUACUGUUGGUCAAUUCCUUUUUCCAGAAAUACAACUAUAUUUGUUUUGUUAGCCUGUUCUCACUUAUUUGGCAAAUAUGUGCAAAGAAGAUUAAUUUUUGCUAUGACAUUACAUCUGAUUCUGUAUAUCUUUGUAGAUCUCCAUGUUACUUCUAAUUUUCCAACCACUUAUAGUUUGUGUGCAUUCAUUGUUUUUCUGCUAAUCAGAAUAAUCUGUCUUUCUGGUUUCUCUGUUCUGCCCUACUUAUAGUUCACCAGUAAGCUUUCAGUAAAUAUAAACUGUGGCACAGUUUUUUUUGUAAAAUCAUAUGCUCUUUCCAUUUUACUAACUCUUAUAGAUAUUGCAGAUUUUGUAGUUCUUUCCAAUGUAUGGCUUAAGUUUAACUGAUUUAUGUUUCUCUGCAUUUUAACUGUCAUGAAUUUUUCUUUUUAAGCUGAAAUUCUGAGAUGAGUUCUGUUGGCUCAAUCUUGUGAUUUUUUAGCUCAAAAUUCCACAUCUUUACAGUAUUUUCUGAAACACAAUUAAACAGUAAGUGUCUUAAGCUAUCCCCUUGUUUAACAACAGUUUCCAUUUCAAAUGGGUGAGAUACUUCCCCCAUAAAUUUCAUUUAAUAUACUGCAUUUGUUACUUUCACAAAUUAGGUUUGUCAGUUUCUGUAACACGAUGAGGCUGAGCAUCUAAAUGGGCAAGCGUCAAAUUACAAAUGCACAGCUUUGACGUUCAAUUCUUGGUCAUUCCAAGGAUUUUUCUGUCACUUACCAUAUGUUUCACCUCUGCAGUUGAUAAUGUAGAGAACACAAAGUUAAAUCAUGGUUCAGAGACCACAUUAAACUGUAGGUCCCACUGUGACUAGCUACAUAUGUCGGUUCAAAGGUCGGAGGAUGACUAGAGCCUGCCAACCCUACCAGGACUGUGACCAGGUCAGACCAACCUUCAAUUUGGAUACACCUAUCAAGCAGCUGCAACCCUACAGUUAAAUAAUGAUAGAAUAUAUUUUUGCUGAGCACACUGCAUCUUUCCUGACCCCCCCCCCCCCUCCCUCUUUCCAUCCAUCCAUCCCCCUCUCUCUGUCAAGUUGUAUGUGCUAGUCAUCAGGUUCCACAAAUGAAAUUAUUGGUGCUGUUUUAGAUGUUGCUCAAAUAUAUGAUGAGAAGCAGGCUGAAGUACCAGUGAUCACAUUCAACAUUGCAAAUAUGAAAUAAAGAUUUUUAACUGUGUGAAUUGUACCUUUUAAUUAAAUACAGUCUUCUUGGAAUACACACAUACAAAGAGAAUGCAUAAUUUAUUAUAGGAUGAGACACUGAAAAAUGCAGCUUGUGAGACAUGUCACUUGUUUGGAAAAGGUCAUCAUUUUUUAUCUCCAGAGCACUUUCUUAACACUUUUGUCCUGAUCAAAUCCAGCAGUGCACCCUCGUAAACUUAUCGUGGGAUGUUUAAGUCAGAGAAUUUCUUUUUGCUGCUAUCUUUAUUCAGUGCAGUUCAGAGAUUUUUGACUGACUUGUAAUUUUAUUCAUUAAAAUGAAAACAUUUCAUAGCAAAGUUUCUUGCUGCAUUUGAUAACAGCAGUAUUCUCUGACAAUUACAUCUAUAUGUUAAUUUGUGCCUCAAAUCAUUCUAUAAUACCGAAGGCUUUUUCUCGUGUCUGAGUUUGUGGAAGACACUGUAUAAAGCAUUUAGCUAUUUUAUCUUCAUUCGAUUUCGUGAUUGGUUCCAGCAAAAAUAAAGUAAUAACUUUAUCUGUGCAGUAGAUCAAGCAAACUGAUCACAGGACUAUAAUAUUAGCAGCAUGCGACUGAAAUCCUAGUAUUGCAUGGUAAAAACUUGAUUUGGGACUGCCUAUGGUACAAUGCUGUGCAUUCAGACUAGUCUGUUCUCAGUGCAGCGAGUGUAGGCACACCCUCACCUGCUCAUAUUGGAAUUGACAUGUUCCUUCUUUUCUGGAAGCAUGCAUUGUCUGUCUAACUAAUGAAAUGUUUCUGUUAUUUAUUUUGUACUUAUAGGGUGUGAUGGUGUUGUUAAGUAAUAAUUUGUUGUGACAGGAGUUCUAAUUAGUAGAUGAUAUGUCACUGCCUAGGUGAUUGACAUUGUCCUAAAUUUGUAUCGACUGUUUUGAAUGUGAGCUUGGAAAACUCUCACUAACGCUUAAUUUUACAAAAUUUGUGUGGUGCCUUGUAUCUGUCAUUACAACACUUUGUCUUUGCUUAUAAAUGUUUUUCUCUGGUUAAGAUCAGCUAACAUUGCUUAAGCAGGUAGCUAAACUAAGACUUAGCAUGCUGGUCAUGCAGUAGUUGUUAUUAUUUUAAAUUGAUGUUGUGUUAUUGUUGAAUAUAUUAUUGUAAGCCUGUGCAUCUUGUCUACAAAUAAUGGAUCUAUUAUUUUUGUCGAGAUUUUAGAAGUUGUAUGAAACUAUCCUUCGGUUAAUGGAAAUAAAUGUAAUAUCUUUCUGUA